AUGACGACUGCCCAUCGACCCCCCAUGGCGCAGAUUCUCGGACCCAAACCUAUCUCACGUCUCAGUGAAGAAGAGGGAACUGCCAUUCUGGAAACCCAGGAUGCUAUCGCUCAAGGAUUCAACACUGUCCUUGGACGACGAGACAAGCCCCAGACCCUGGAUGAUAGUAUCUGGGCUCCAAAAGGUGCCAAAUCUGACGCACCUUCAAACAGACAGCAGAAGGGCACUUCUGACAGUUACAAGACUGGUGUUUACGAGGCAGCCCAAGCAAUUCAUAAUAAGAUCCAACGCGGCCCAGGCAAUUGUCACCCCGAGAGACCUGAUUCCAGCCGAGGCUAUCAUGGUCAAGUCUACCCCCAACACGGUACCUUUACCGGAAACCGUGUUCCAUUCAUUCAAGACUCGUUUACUGUGGACAUGUUGCUUCCAGAGAAAAAGCCUGUGCGCACCGUCAACCAAACUUGUAGUUGGAACAUCCCGGGAAACAAAGAGCGAGUCCACAAAGACUCCGUUCUUGAUGGCAGUGGUGAGGGCUCUCUUCGUCUGGGUGCUUCCAAGCACAUGCAGACCUAUCUCAACCCUGAACCCACUUGCUUUGUUCCGGGCAGGGGUUUCAGCCACGAUACAGGCAUACUUGCCUCUGAAAUUACCGAGAAGUCCGGGAACGGGUGA